AUGAUGGAAGAAAAAAGAAAGAAUUUCCUCAGCCGAAGCCUUGUCCUGGGGGAAGUUCUCGGGACGGUGGAUGUGGCCAUGUGCGUGAAGUGUGGAAUCAUUCAUUUGUUGUUUGGUGGUGCUGUCAACAAUCUUGGAAGUCCUGAACAUGUUACCAAGUGGUUUCGGCCACUCAAGGAGCAGAAGUAUACAGGGAUGUUUGCAAUGACUGAGAAGGGUCAUGGGAGCAACGUGAGAGGGAUCCAGACUGAGGCCAUCUUUGACAGUGACAAUCAGGAGUUCGUGAUUGACACGCCGUGUGAAAGUGCACAGAAGAUGUACAUCGGCAACGCCAUGCACGGGAACUAUGCUGCCGUCUUUGCCCAGCUCAUCACUGAGGGAAGGUCUCAAGGACCUCACUGCUUCAUCGUUCCCAUCAGGGAUGAAAAUGGAAACGUGUACCCAGGAGUGACAGCUAUUGAUAUGAUGCACAAAGAAGGUCUGAACGGUGUGGAUAAUGGAAUUUUGAUAUUUAACAAGGUUCGGAUUCCACGGGAGAACCUGCUGGAUAAGUGA